AUGAGAGGCAAGACAUUUGAACCCGCGAAGGAUAUCCCAGACCUUUCAGGCAAAGUCAUCCUAGUCACUGGAGGUAAUGCAGGCCUCGGUCAGGAGACAGUUCUCCAGCUCGCUGCCCACCACCCUUCGAAGAUCUACUUAGCCGCACGAACAGCAUCCAAAGCUGAAGCCGCCAUUGCGGAAAUCAAGAAGACCGUCCCGGAUGCGCCGAUCGAGCAUCUUCCUCUCGACCUAACCUCGUUCAGCUCUAUCCGCUCCGCUGCUGACACCUUCAACCGUGUGUCUCCGCGCCUCGAUAUCCUCAUUAACAAUGCUGGUAUUAUGGCGACCCCGUACAGCCUGACCAAGGAAGGCUACGAGAUCCAGUUCGGCACGAACCACAUGGGCCAUGCUCUCCUCACCAAGCUGCUCCUACCCACUCUCCUCAAAACCGCAGAGGAGCCCAACUCUGACGUCCGCAUCGUAAAUCUCUCCUCCAUGGGCCACAUGAUGGCGCCCAAAAAGGGCCUCAUCUUCGACCAAGCCGCACUCGAGAAGGAAGGCACCUGGGCACGCUACGGCCAAUCGAAGCUCGCCAACAUCCUUUUCAGCCGCGAGCUUGCACAGCACUAUCCCACCAUCAAAUCCGUGGCUGUCCAUCCUGGCGUUAUCCUGACCAACCUCUACGACGACUUCCAGACCAACGCUUUUGCGCGCUUCGCCUUCUGGAUCUUGAAGACAAUCGGCCCGUUCAUUCCCGGUCUCUUGCUACCUAACGUGCAAGCUGGUGCGAAGAAUUCCCUGUGGGCAGCGACGGCGCCGAAGGCAGAUGUGAAGUCUGGCGCCUACUACCAACCAAUUGGGAUCUUGAAGCCAGGAAGCAAGUUUGCACAGAACGAUGGGCUAGCAAAGAAGUUGUGGGAAUAUACGGAGACGGAGCUUCAGAAACAUGGGGAGUAA